ACCCUAAAUACAAAAUAAAAUCAGCUGAAAGUACAGAAAGAAUGGGGAACAUAAACAAUAUCAUUCAAUAAAUAUUUUAGGUCCAUGUUAAAUCUGGAUGACCAGAAACAUGGGAAGGAAAUCUAGAAAUACACCCUCAAGAAAGCCACUGAUCCAGAAGAUCAUUAAAAAUGAACCAGAUACUGGAGAAUCAAGUGAAAUAGACAUAAAGAACAUGGCCUAUAAGGUUGCAGAAACCCCAGUGUUCAUAAAAACAGAAGAUCCAUCUGAAGAAGCCUACCCGGAGACUGAGUUUUAUGAGGUGGCUAUGCUAAAUGUUGACAAUCUUAUUAAAGAGGAGUGUGACGAGGACGAACACAAUCCAGAGGAGGAAGAGGAGAUAAGCUACCGUUUGCCAGGUCCACCCAAACUGUGCUCAAAAUGCUGGGAGGCAUUCCCGAUUGAAAAGUUUUCCAACCAUGUCUGCAAUAACCAAACACAAGAGGAGGAUGAAAUAAGCUAUCAUUUAGCAGGCCCACCAAAAGUCUGUUCAAAAUGUUUAGAAGGCUUUCCCAUCGAUGAGUUUCCUACCCACGAAUGCAAAGACAUCAAUGCGGAUCGAUUCUCAUGCAGAAUUUGCCCACGAAAGUUCCGUUACAAGUCUCUGUUAAUCAUACACCUUAAAAGCCACCUUAGACUGCAAAAGGGCGAGACCAUACCGGAAUUGGAACCUCCGAAACCAGAAAAGAAGGCGCCUACGGCCAAAACUAACUUCGUGUUUAACUACUCACCUACUCCAAGGUGGAAGUUAUCCCGACGGAGAGCAGGGAUGAUGCACAGGGAAAUGCGUAUUCAACAACAACGAAUGUGCAACUAUUGUCCUAUAGCCUUCUCAAAUGAAUCUCAUCUGGAAAAGCACCUAAAGGAUCACCAUUCUGAGAUCAUUAAUUCGAACGAAGUCAUCACUCCAGACGCUGUGUCCGAUGGCUCAGAACUAAUCUGUGUUAAGUUGGAGAAAGAGGAGCCGACAUAAAACAUGAUUAACUAAAAACUUCAGCACUGUUAAAAAAUAUUCAUCGAAGGUAUCCUUCAUAUCCAUAUUUAUAACUGUAGUUUUAGGUUUACCCUCCCCUAAAAACGCUAUAUGAUUUUUGGCACUUUAUUAAAAACCACCUUAAAGUUAAAUAAGUUUCAAAAACCUAAAAUCUAAUAAACAAUAUUGUAUACAUAAUAUACGAUCGCACGCUCUAUACGAUACAAA